AUGUUUCUUCGCCCCGGGAUGAUCCUGAAGGGCGCCCUGUUUGUGUUUGUCACUGACCUUCCGGCUCGAUGUUCCGGCGCCCCAAUGGAUGGCACAGUUGCACUGGCAAAGAAUGCAGCACGAUCUAGAGGUGAACUUUCAAGUCAGCUUACGCUACCAAACGCCGCGACACAAUCCGGAGACCUCGUUUUAGGAGAUCGCACGGCGGUGGGAUAUUUCAAUGAUCUGUAUGCUGGGGACCUGAGAAAAGGCGAUGGCAACGCACACAGGGAGAUGAAAAUCCUCAACACACCGGUCAGGAUAGAACACGACAACGGGUUUAUAACAGAAAAAUCUUCCAUGACGACUCUUGGUCGUCAUGAUUCCCGUAGACAGACAGCGCUUGGUAAUGGGGGAUCACUCAGUCAAAAGACGAGCGGAUCAUGGGCUAGGCACUCCGAGGUAACGGUCACGACCGUCAGAGGGUUUGAAGAUCUUCCUGUUGCAGAUCUAUUUCAGCGAUUGAUCCAACCUAAAGGUACCACUGCAGCACAGCUCGAGCAUAGCGGCCAAUACUUGCCUGGUUUGUCACCUGUGUCAGGGGCGGUUCAUGAGCAACCCCACCAUACAUCAUUCGCACCCUACACCAAUCCCACCGGGGCCAGUCAAACAAACGGUCCCCGAAAAGCGCGUCUUGAGGAAAUUUACGAAGAUACCCCCGAAAUAAUUAACCCUGUCAAAAAGACGUCUGUUCCUGUCAAAAAGACGUCUGUUGUUCUUGAGGAACUUCCCGCAUCACCUACACACGAAACUCCGGAAGCCACGCCAGGUCCUACCGCAGAAAAUAAAGGACAGCCCACUCCCAAUGUUGAGGCCCCGAAUGGAGGAGCAGAGGUUCCGGAGACUACGCAAGGGAGCGUGCCAACCGGCCCCGCUACCCAUACCCCCGCGGAAAACACAGCGCAACCCGUCCACAGUAGCAGAAGCCCAGGUGAACACCCGGAACCCCAGAAUGGAGCACCGCAAGUUUUGCAACAGACUGGGCCGGAGCAAGCUAUGGCGGCCGAGGGCGAGCAUCUUGAGGGACAGUCGCCAAAAGAAGAGACAGGCCCGCCGCCAGCUGCACCCUCCUACCUGAUGAAAAACCCAGAACAUCAGGCAAACAUUGAGUUCAAGAAAUUCAGGAUCAUUGCUGAGCACCGCUGGGGUCUCGACCCCAAGACCCUUGCGAAAUUCAGGAGUGCCUUUCACUCCGAGUUUGAGAGUCCCCGAUUGGAAGAUGACGCACUACUUGACCAAUCAUCAAUUUUGUUCCGCUACCUGAAGUUUCUCAACGAUAAUAGACUAACAGCGAAAUUGCCCGUAAAAGUCGCGGAAGGCAGCAAGAUACGUGAUGUCACGAAUUCAUUCCAUGCAACUUUUGAUCAUAUGAACAUGGAAGAAACGUUUGCUUACCAUCAUCCAGAGGUUACACCCACGCAGAAGAAGUACUUCGUCAAGUGGCUCACAGCGCAAGCGGAGGCGCAGGGCAGAAAUACUGCUGAUUACAAGUGGAAUAAAGCAAGUAUUGAUCAGCAUUAUCAGGAAUGGCAGAAUACCAGAAAGGAUUGGAAGUUCAAGUUACUCAACUUCUGGGAUCAAGCAGUUGGAGGGAUCCGCAACUUUAUGCAAACACUCAGGAAGACAUUUGGCAAAGCAAAAUCGGACUGA